CGAGCCGAACCCCUCAUCACGUCGACUGGUUGGCCCAGAACAGUUCCGUAGCCGCCCAACGGCUAAAGUCUCAUCGCGCCAACGUUCCGGACUUGGAAGUUGGAACCAACAAGAGGAUAUUGAAACCAGCAAAGACAACAACGCCCCUCAACCCCCUGUCCCUGAAAAAGGUGCACUGACGACCCUACUGAGCGAUAGAAAAACUAACCCUUUCAUAAUGGACCCAUCUGCCCGUUCUCCCAUGUGCCGCGGCCUUCCACCCCCCUUCCCCCCGCACCAGCUGUUCGGUUCUCCUACCUACGCCACGCAGAACCCGACAGUUUGGUUCGCCCAUCCUCGUCAUUGGAACGUAGGCUCACUGUAUUUGUAUUAGAUGGACGCCGAGGACAAUCUUGAAGUGCGAGAUGAGGAUGCAAACGACGAGGCCAUGGACUCUGAUCUCGACUCUGCGAUUGAGGAUAUGGAGCCGUCCGCGCAGGCUGAUCUUCUCUCGAUAACGUCAAGUAUUUUUGACUAUCAGUUCGAGAAUGGCAGAUCAUACCAUUCGAUGAGCGAAGGCAACCUCCAACAUCAUCUGUGGUUGGUCACACUGGAAGGAGAGUUGGCAACGAGUCCUGGCAGAGAGACCGCAAAGCGAGUUCUGGAUCUUGGGACCGGAACUGGUAUCUGGGCGAUUGACUUUGGUGAGUUGUGGCUUGCCCCCAAGGCGGUCAUUGGUGUGGACCUGAGCGCGGUCCAACCUGACCUAGUUCCCGCCAACUGCAGUUUCGAGAUAGAUGACCUCGAGCUUGACUGGCCCUGGGAGCAGCCUUUUGACUACAUUUUCAGUCGAUCCGCCGCUGGGAGUUGGUCAGACUUUCGGGCCAUUAUUCAAAGAGCAUACGACCACUUGGAGCCCGGCGGCUAUUUUGAGGUUCAAGACCUUGAACUACCAUCAUUCUGUGACGACGGCUCCGUGCCGACGGAUGCUGCACUCUACCGCUGGGAGCAUGCGCUCGUGGACGCCUCCAACGAGUUGGGUCGGCCUCUCAACUACGCCCGGGACUGUCUCGACGAUCUUCACGACGUGGGCUUUGUCGAAAUACAUCACCAACUUUACAAAUGGCCCUGCAACAACUGGCCUGAAGACCCAUACCUCAAAGAGGUUGGUCGAUGGAAUUGCGCGAAUCUGGACAUGGGCGUGGAGGCUUUCUCCCUGGGCCUCUUGACGAGGGUGAAGGGCUGGACGCGAGAUGCCGUUGAGGAGUUGUGUACAGAGGUUAAGAGGGAGGUGAAGGAUACGAGACGGCAUACCUACUGGAGACAGUGA